AUGGAGGGGCGGAGGUCUUGGGAUGGCGUGCCUCUGGGCGAGUCGCACUCUCCACCACAGUCGGUGCCGGGCCGGAGGACGCCGCUGGGAGCCGUCGGCCUGGGCGGCUUCUACAUGCAAGGUGGCCAGCCUCCGCCGCCUCCGCAGCACUGCUACCCGGCCGACGAGAACCAGCCAGAACCAGGGACCAGCUAUGGACAAAGACCUAUCAACGAGUCAAAAUCAAAACAGAAGAUGCGUCAAGGCAAGAAUGUACGACUGAACAUAAACGCGAGGGAACGACGCCGCAUGCACGAUCUUAAUGAUGCAUUGGACGAGUUGCGCGGAGUGAUACCAUAUGCCCACUCGCCUUCGGUCCGCAAACUGUCCAAAAUUGCGACGUUAUUGCUUGCCAAGAACUACAUCCUGAUGCAGGCUAGUGCAUUGGAGGAACUCAGAAGGUUGGUAGCAUAUCUCCAAAGCACAGCCACCGCGGCUGGCAUAGUCCCACCUCCUGGCUUCGACCUGACCGGGUUCCCAGCUGCCGCCAAGCUGCUACAAGGCCCCAUUCCUGGCCCACCUCCGCCCCCCGAGCCGCCAUCUUGAGAAUCAACCGUCA